AGAGAGGGAGGGAGGGAGCACGGCACAGGGGGAGAGACCGAGCCACCUCACCAAACAUUGACAGUGAGUGAAAGAAGCUGCGGAGAAGAGAGGGAGAAAGAGAGAGAGGGAGAGAAAGAGAGAUAGAGGAAGAUAGGGGGAGAGAGAGAGAGAGAGAGAGAGAGGGAGGGAGUGGUGGACUUGGUGAUCUACAGAGUGGAGUCUUAAGUUUCCAGAAGAAAAGAGACUGAAUAAGUAAGUCAGUAAACUCACAGAGAAAAAGUUUGAGAGGUCAUCAUGUCAUCACCCCCUCCGGAGAACAGCCCAGAGGAUGCCAACCACCAGAGCUUCUGGAUGCCGGGGAACUACCAGCGGACGGUAAAGAGAACAGAGGAUGCGUUCCAGGCGUGUAAUGACAUAGUGACGUGUUUUCAGGAGCGAGCACGUGUGGAGCGACAGUACGCCCAGCAGCUCAGCGAGUGGACUAACAAGUGGAAGCCCAUAGUGGAUGCCAGUCCUCUGUAUGGCUCUCUCCUGCAGGCGUGGCAGUGUUUCCUCUCUUCCGCUGAUCGCCUCUCCACUCUUCACUCCUCCAUCUGUCGCUCGCUCGUGUCGGAGGAUGGAGACCGGGUCAGGACUUGGCAGAAGGAGACCUUCCAUAAGAAGAUUUUUGGAGGAUUCAGGGAGUCGCAGGACUUUGACACAGGAUUUGCACGUGCUCAGAAGCCCUGGGCCAAAAGACUCAAGAAGCUGGAGAAGGCGAAGGCUGCGUUCCACAAGGCGAGCCGUAAGGAGCACACAGCCCGGGAAAGAGAAGCUCAUGCUCAGGGAAACCCCGACAUCGCCAUAGAGAAACAGAGGAAGAUCCAGGAGGAGAGAGAACUCGCUCACCAGGAGACAGAGAAAGUUAGAGCCCGCUAUGAGAAGGUUCUGGAGGAAGUGACACGUUACGCCCCGCGCUACAUGGAGGAAAUGGAGUCCAUCUUUGACCAAUCACAGGAGGAGGAGAGGAAGAGGAUCAGCUUCCUGAAGCAGGCCUUCUUGUCCAUCCACAGACACCUGGACGUCACCAACAACGAGAGUGUGAAAGCUGUGUAUAAUGAGCUCCACGACACUCUGAUGAGCAUUAACGAGCAGGAGGACCUGCGCUGGUGGAAGAACACUCACGGUCCAGGAAUGCCCACUGACUGGCCCCAGUACCAGGAUUGGGUACCAGACAAGAAACAUAAAAAAGGAAAGAAAGAGGUGGUGGAGACGAAAGCGGUGGUUAUGGAGAGGAGUGUAAUGAUUGGUGGAGUGAGGGUCAGAGCGCUGUACGAUUAUGUUGGACAGGAGCCAGACGAGCUGUCCUUUAAAGCUGGUGAGGAGUUUCUGAAGAUUGAGGAUGAGGAUGAUCAGGGCUGGUGUAGAGGAAUGAUGGAUGGAGGAAGAGAGGGACUCUACCCUGCUAACUAUGUGGAAGUGGUGUAGGGCUGCAGGAGACACACACACACACACACACACACACACACACACACACAAACACAUUCUCUCUGUCUCUCCAUAUGUUCCAGUGAAGGACUUUGAGUGUAUUUGCAUUCACGUUAAUGGUGCAUCUGGUGUAUAAUUAAAAAGGAAGUCCACUAAUGAUUUCAAAUUGAUAAUUAGGAGGUUAACAUGUACAAUUCUCAGUUCUUGAGAAUUUUUUUGAAGUGGUGUUGAAUGAGUAAAUCAUCUGAUGCAUUUAAUACCUGCCAAAAUUCAUCCCAUGAGGAUUGAAUAGUCCUGUCAACUUUGAUUUGUGUCUUUAAGGCGAACUCUUGAGAUGGCAGCAGUAUGUGGAUGAGCACUGUCCUGCUGAAAUAACGCACUACAGUGUUUUUUCAGAAAAGGUACCGUAUUUUUCGCACUAUAAGACGCACUUAAAAGGUAUUACUUUUCCAAAAAAUCAACAGUGCGCCUUAUAAUCCAGGUGAACCUUAUGUAUGAAUUCUACCAGUCGGAUUGUAAGGAGCAGUGUUAUUAAGUUUCAGUUUAGUUCUCCAGCACCGAGACUGAAGCAGUAAUAGCAUUAGCAGCUAAGCGCUAGCCCUUUUGCCGUUCUCCCCUGCUAGCACUGCUGGAGCAGCAUUAGCUGCUAACCACGCAAAAUGCUAGCCAUUCAGAUGUGAAUAUUACCGGACUGUUGUCUGCUGCUAGCCUUGGCUACCACUGCUGGAGCAGCAUUAGCAUUAGCCGCUAACUGUGCUAAGCUCUAGCUCUUUUGCCAUUGAAGGGUGAGUAUAUCAGACUGCAGUCUGCGCAUUUAUCGUGUUAAAACAUGCUAUGUGAGAUGAACCGCUAGCUAAUCUCACCCUGGCUUACUGAAACACUCAGGGUUCCUCAGUGUAGCGCUGUUGUGCAGCAUUUACGAGCACUUAGCUGCUAAUGCUAAAGCUAAUGCUGCUGCACCUAGCCAUAGUAAAAAUCUGUAAAUCUAAGCUUACUGUAAAUAAAUGGAAGUGCUUUACUCACCCAGACAAACAGUUUUCAGGAGAGAAAUCUGUGUAGAUUUACAUCCAGCGCUUUUUUGACUUAAAAAAAAAGAUUUUUUUUUAAGAAUUAAAGUUUCGUUUACUUGGUUUAGUUUUAUUUAACUUAAUUAACCUACCCACUACCACUACCCAGUGGCGAGAUCUGCUGAAUUAGAAGGAAAACGUGGCAUGGCGACACCCCUGUUCCUUACUAGUGUCACAUAAUGCAACGUAUAAUCCGGUGCACCUUAUGUAUGAAAAUAGACCAGAAAAUAGACGCUAAUUGAUAGUGAGCCUUAAAAAUUCUGUGUGCCUUAUAGUGCGAAAAAAUACGAUAGGUCCACAGGUUGCAGGACCUUAUUAAGGUAACAUAGGGCUGUCAGCAUGCCUGUAAUAAAGACACGCAAAGUGAUCUAACAUUGUACAAAACUGCCUUCUAUACCAUGGCACCAGGCUAAGUGUGUUGGGCUGUAGUCAAAGCCCCUGGUAGACCUCUGGUUCCAUUCAGCACCACUGUAAAGAAUAGGCCAAAUUCUAUUUUAAAAUAAUAAUAAAAAAAAAAAAACUGUGUCAAUUUUGCUAUUAUUAUUUUUUUGUGUGUUGAUUUUGAUACAUCAGGCCUGGACAUUGUCUUAAAUGAGAACUUUUACAAUGUAAAAUGGACUUUUAGUAGUAGUAAAAACAUAAUAAAAAGUACUUAACUUUCAUGAAUAGCACACCUCCGUUCUCCCACAGCGUUCAGAGAUACAGAAAUUUUAACAGUUUGUCCAAAACCCUUCAGACUGGGUGACAUGGGGCAUAAUUUGCAUCGAUAAAUUGCUUUUUUUCACUGUUAUUCAGGCUCAAAGUAGCUCCACACCUCCUUGCUAGAAUCUGGAGAGCCCUGACAUUUAAAAUGAGGCAUUAAUAACUUAAAAAGUGCACAAAAAGCUUAUUAAAAACACUGUUUACAUCCUAUAAUGCUAGCUUCAGCUCCGAGCACCGUCAUCACUCCUCGUAAUGCCUCGUUUUAAAUGUCAGGGCUCUCCGGAUUCUAGCAAGGAGGUGUGGAGCUACUUUGAACCACCUGGAUGACGGUGGAAAAAUCGAUUUAUCGGGGCAAAUUAUGCCCCAUGUCACCCAGUCUGAAGAGUGUUUAAACAAACUAUUAAAAUGUCUGUAUCUCAGAACGCUGUGGGAGAAUGGAGGGGUGCUAUUCAUCAAAGGUAAAUACUUUUUAUCAUGUUUUACUACACCAAAAGUCCAUUUUACACCGGAGUUCUCCUUUAAGCCUCACAAUGUCGAUACAGGAAAAAAGGGGUUCAUGCACCAAAAAUGAAAGUAGCCCACCACAGACAGGGCUGCACUUCAUGCUUCAUGUGCUCCCAGCUGUUCAUCCAGGCAGAUCUGUCCAGAACCACUCUCUCCGAUUCAUAUCAGUUCAUUGUAUAUGUUUGUUUUAUUUCAAUCUUUUUCUUUUUUUUUCUCAGUGUAAAAUGAAAAGGCCCAGGCAGAAAGUGUGACGGAGGUGCACAGUGGUGCAGUAAAGUGUGUAGAUGAAGAAAAAUAGGGUCUUUUUCAAGUGCCUUUUUGAAAGUGUUGAUAUUUGAUUGAUAUGUUUGUGUUCGGUCUGAUACUGUGGCUUCUACAGGGGCAUUCGAACAAUACAGAGACUUACAGUGAAAUAUUCUAAUAUAUUGCAGGUUUGGAGAGAACUGCAUUGAUUCUUUUAAUGCCUUAAUACUAUAUGAAAAGUAUGUGUAUGUGUGAAUGAUGCUGUUUGGUCGUCAUUUAUAUGAAAAUGUAACGUCAGGCCAAGUUAAAAUGAAUUACAGUAACUGAUUACAGGGCAUUUUUGAGAUAUCUUAACUUAUUUUGUUUUUCCUUUUGUAUCUUAGUUUGGUUGACAAUACAUAUUGAGUUGGGACAUAAAAAAAUAAGUACCGUAUUUUACGGACUAUAAGGCGUACACUAAGUGCACCGGAUUAUAAGUCACAAUAAUAAGGAACAAGGGUGUUGCCAAGUUUCUAAUGGGGACGCUCCUUCUUAACUGUAUUGUUAUUCUCAAAAAACAUUUAUUUUAAAGUCAAUUGAGCACUGGAUGUUAAUCUACACAGAUUUCUUUCCUGAAAACUGUUUUUUUUUUUUUUUUGGGUGAGUAAAGUGCUUCCGUUUAUUUACAGUAAGCUUAGAUUUCCAGAUAUUCACUAAGGCUGGGUGCAGCAGCAUUAGCAUUAGCGGCUAACUGCUAAACUGCUAGUAAAUGCCCCCCCCGACAGCGCUACACUGAAGAACCCUGAGUGUUCUGGUAUUAUACUUUUAUUUGCACUUUUGAUUUUUACGGUGUAAAAAAUAUGGUUAAUGAGCUCCAUCUGAAAUUUAGAUAUGCCUUAAAUAUUGGGAUGUUAGGUUGUUUAGUCUGUUGCUCCUCUCCCUAAAAAAAGUUUAUAUUCAUUUUUAAUUCCCAUCUGCAGAUUAGAAUUCCUUCUAUUGCAUAAUGUCUUGUAGGUGAUUAUUACGGACUAUAGAGCUCUAAGCAAUGCUCAUUGCUAUCUUACAUACCGCCAACAGUCCAUUUUCACGCCUUGCGCCUGAUUAGUUUAAAUAGCAAAGGCGCUUAUGAAUAUAUAUCUACGGCGAUUGAUGUGGUGGCCUUGAAAUAAGGUGUGUUCAGGUAAAUUUUUGCCGUCAGUUUUGGACGUCAACAGUCAGACAUUCAUUGCUAUUUUGGAGGUGAAUUGUUAACACAGACCUCCAAGCAGCUGUAUCAUUAAUAGUAUUAAUAGUAAUCCACUAAAGUCAGACCACACCUGGCUCUUAAACUGAAUGACAAAUGACACUCUGAUUUUUUUUUCCUGAACUUGAACUGAGAAUAUAGAAUAUUUUUGGAUCUAAGUGGAUUUCUGCAGCUCCUCCAGAGUGACCAUAGGCCUUUGACCAGUGACCAGUGGUCUCCUUGCUCGAUCUGUCAGUUUGGGUGGAUGGUCAAGUCUUGGUAGGUUUGCAGUUGUAGAUUGUUUUUUUUUUUUUUCAUAAUUUUUACUUUUUCAUAAUUUUUAGUGAUGAAUUGAACGGUGCUCCUUGGGAUUCUCAAAGCUUGGGAAGUGUUUUAAAAUCUAACCCUGCUUUAAACUUUUCUACUCUAAACUUUAUCUGUGACCUGUCUGGUGAGUUCCUUGUUCUUUAUGAUGCUGUUUGUUCACUAGUGUUCUCUAACAAACCACUGAGGCCUUCACAGAACAGGUGUUUAUAUUUAUACUGAGACUAAAUUACACACAAAAUUGUACAUGGCUUUACAGCUCUCGAGUGGUGUGACUGUCUAACUGCCACAUUGUCAAGAGAAGGUCGGAAAUAAACAGUAAGCAAAUUAAGGGAGGGAGAGGCCAAAGGCUAAACAUCUUAAAGUCACAAUUUUUCAUUUUUAAAGUAAAAAAUAUAAGUUAGGAGAGAUUUUAUCUUUUCUUUGGCUUUUGAGUUAACUAAAAAAAAAAACUAAAUAAAUGUUCUGUAAUCGGGUUUUUUUUUUUCAAUUUUAAGUUGGCUUGACUUUGCAUCGUUUACAGUGUGAGGAUGAGUGGCUUGUAUGGAAAUAUGCUCUCACUAGUACGCUGUCCAACGUAUCCAAAUUUGCGACAGCAGCCAUGAAAGAACACAGCUGUGAGUCGGACAGCCGGGUCGCAGUCGGGCUUUUCGCAGGCUCUCGCUGUGUUUUUCUCUCUCUCUCUUUCUAUAUGCAAAGUGGUACUCUAACCAAAGGUGGUAUUACAUGCGUGUGAGUGUACGUGAGCCGCACACGUGGCAGAUUAUUAGAUAACAUGUAUCGUAUUCACAGUAGCUGUUGUUGUAGUACACGCGCAAAAGUUCAUUUUUAAAGUGUCCAAAUAUGAAUAAAGAGAUAUAAUAAGA